GCUAUCUCUCCCUUCUCGGCAAUGCAGAUCGCCGCGGGGCGAGUAAUCACCAGGGACGAGCUCGCGGAGCACCGCAACGAUGGCGAUCUGUGGAUCAGUAUCCAGGGCAAGGUCUACGACGUCUCCAAGUGGGCCGCCAUCCAUCCGGGUGGAGAUCUGGCCCUCAAGAGCUUCGCAGGGCAGCCGGACGCGACCGAUGCGUUCCUGGCCUUCCAUCCGCGGCAGCGCGCGUUCCAGAUCCUCCCGAAAUUCCUCAUUGGCACGCUCGCGGAUCCGGUGCUCUCGCCUCUCACGGCCGAUCACGCCCUGGUCCUGGAGCGCCUGGGAAAGGCAGGGUUUCUCACCGUGGAUCUCUUCUUCUACUGCAAGAUCCUCGCGGCAAUCGUCGCCCUGGUCACGGCCUGCGUCGCGGGGGUGAUCUUCUCCUCCAGCGCGAUCGUCCACUGCGCCAGCGCGGUCCUCCUCGGCUUCGCGUGGAUCCAGGCUGGGUGGAUCGGCCACGACACGGGCCACACGGGCAUGACCGGCAGUCCAAGGGCGGAUUCCUGGAUAGGGCUCUUGAUCGGCAACGCGCUCUCGGGGAUUGGAUUCCAGUGGUGGCUGCGCAACCACAACGCGCACCACUUCUCCUGCAACAAUCUCGAGUAUGAUCCAGAUCUCCAGUACAUGCCCAUCUUCGCAAUCUCCUCGCGGUUCUUCCGCUCCUCGCGGGCGCUCCACUCCUACUUCUACGACCGCGAGAUGGCCUUCGACGCCAUCGCCAGGCUCCUCGUCAGCUACCAGCACUGGACCUUCUACCUCGUCAUGGCGGUAGCGCGCGUGAAUCUCUACGCGCAGUCCUUCAUCGUGGCGAUCUGGAGGAAGAGGGUGCCGCACAGGGGCUGGGAGAUUGGAUCGCUGCUCUUCUUCUGGGCGUGGCUCUUCUCGCUCCUCUCGUAUCUCCCGAGCUACUCCGAGAGGAUCGCGUUCCUGCUGAUCGCAAUGGCCACCACUGGGGUCCAGCACGUCCAGUUCUGCCUCAAUCACUUCUCCUCGCCGGUCUACCAGGGGCGGAGGCCGCGCGGCGAUGGGCAGUGGCUGGCGGAUCAGGCCACCGGGACGCUCAAUCUCUCGUGCUCCAAGAAGUGGGAUUGGUUCCACGGCGGGCUCCAGUUCCAGAUCGAGCACCACCUCUUUCCACAGGUGCCCAGGCACCACUUGCGGGCGGCGUCGGAGAUGGUGAUCAAGCCACUGCUGGUGGACAAGCAUGGCUUGGAUUAUAAGAUGGUGACGUUCUGGGAGGCCAAUGUGAUGAUCAUCAGGACGCUGCGCGCGGCGGCGAUGGAGGCCAGGGACGUGAGCAAGCCGCUGCGCAAAGGCAACAUGCUGUGGGAGGCUGUCAAUGCACAUGGAUGAUUCUAGGCUAGGCUGGCAAAUCCUGUAUGAUAUAUGUCGUUUUGCUGGGAAAAUAUUCUUGCCACCUUUUAUGCUCCAGUUCUUGCCACCUUUUGGGCAUAUGCUCCCAUGAGUGUAGGAGUUCUUUCCACCGUCAAAUGUUAGCUUUUGGUCGCAAAACCAGUUUGUUGUUGAAUGGAUUAACCAACUUCACCAA